CUAAAGGGUAUUGAACAGUAGCACAGUUAUUGCUACAUAUUAUCCCUAACCCUCUAACUUCCAAGAUCUGAUUGUUAAUUCUCCCCUCUGCCUUCUACACAUUUCCCUCCAGAUUGGUUAUGAGAAUCUGGCAUGUGAUAAAGAUAACAACAACUCCUUGAUAAGUUUGGGUGUUCUUGUUACCUGUUUGCUGGAGAAUGUAUGGAUAUUUUAGGGAGAAGGUUAUUGUUAAUCACUAGGCAAUAAGGAUCAAUGAGCAACGAACACAAAGUGAGCAAAACCUAUCGACCAUUGCAAAAACUCAUGAGAAGAUGAAGACAGAAGUUAAAGUAUCAUCUUACUUUAAAUCUAAGCUACGAGGCUUGUACAAAACAGCAGGAACAGAUGCAGAGACAGAAGUGGAGAUAAUCAAAAAGGCUUUGGACAAAAUAGCAAGCAUUAAGGCACUGAGAAAUGAUAGAAGGAUUGUGCGUGGUGGUAGCAGUCGACUUGGUAAUCAGGAAACAGGGGAACCAAGAAAAGUGAUGAGAAGAGGUGUGCUCAUGACAAUGUUACAGCAAGCUGCACUGCAGUUACCAAUGUGGAUGGGGAAAGCCUCUGAAACGCCCCCUCCUCUUUGUGGAUGCAUUCAAGCAGAACCUAAUUAUAUUGCCCAGCAAGGAGAUCAUGUUGCUGCACGUGUGCGCACACCUGACGGCGAAGAACAGUUGAUCUUGGCGGAAAUAGUGUCAUUUAAUCCUUCGUCAAACAAAUACGAUGUUGACGAUAUCGACGAAGAAGCUGGGAGAAGCGGGAAGGAACGUCAUCAUCUGAGCCGAAGACGUGUGAUACCGCUGCCCAAGAUGAAGGCAAACCCAGUAACCCACCCUCAAGCUCUGUUUCAAGCAGAUCAGAUUGUGAUGGCGCUAUACCCACAAACCACAUGUUUUUACAAAGCCGUAAUUCAUGAGCCUCCUUCAAGGCCUCAAGAUGACUACUCCGUGUCGUUUGAAGAUACUUCUUACGCGGAUGGCUUCGCUCCUCCACUAAAUGUGCCACAGCGAUACGUCGUGGCGUCCAAAGAGACGAAGAAAAGAUAACGUUAAGAACAUAUUGUAAAAAUUUACAGAAACACUCUGCUCUUAAACAUUGGGGUAUCCUUUGUGCCCUAAAAAUGGCGCUUUUGGAAGAUUACUGGCUUCUCUCUUAUCUUAGGUUUUCCGUCUUGUGCUAAGGCUUUGAUCUAAGGACUUACGAAUUUUAAUUCUUCCUGUUCAAGAGCUUUUCCAAAGCAACUAACCCUUUGGCCCCUAAGGGUGACUAGCUUCUAAUUUCUUCCCACACCACCAGCGGUGAAUCAGACGUUAAGGUCCUGAGAGUAAACGAAAUGAUCACCAACAAAAGAAGCACGUAAUUGUCAAACAAAUUCUCCUUGUAAGAAUCAUAAGAAAUGCAUAUGGAGCAGUAAAGAGAGUAUACAUAUUGAUGAAAGGGCAUGAUAAGUGAAUCGAUACGGCCUAGAGAAAUCUCGUUUACAUCUACCUGCUGAUACCACAAACCAACUAUGUAGAUUUGUUGCAAGAGUUCAAAGGUGUUGCAAAAGGAAAAAAGGACCAUUUUGUUGUCGACCGACAUAAAUGGAACCCAGAGGUUCUAACUAGAAAUGGAUUAACAUUUUUACUUUUUAUUGUACGUGAGAUUAAAACUAAAAAAAAAUUGAAAGGGUUAAAUAAUGCACUUAGUAUAGGAGCAGUUUACCAUUAAGUGUCAAGUGACUUUUCACGCUUGUAUUUAUUUUAGAAAGUAGCAUAGUUUGUUGUAAUUUAAUCAAUACUUUUAAACUAAUCUUUAUUUUACACCUAUCAGCUACGAUAAAAUAUACAGUUAAAUAUCAACAA